GCGACAAUAUUUAUGGGUUGAGGUUGAAGGACGGGUGUCUUCGAACUGGUGAUAGUUGAUUGGUCAGUUGAAGUUUUUGUUGACCUACAUACGAGGGUAACAGUUCAAAGUUCGAGAGGUUGAGUGUUCGUUACACAGUCUUUGGAAAUUUCUUUGUUCUGGUGAGUUGGAUAGUUCAUUGGAUGAUGUUCACUGUGAGAACGUAUGGAUAUUAAUUUUGGAGGAUGCUGGAAUAUUGUAGGAAUGUCGAGACACGCUGUUGAUGCUAGUAGGGUCGCUUUUCGAUGCGUUGAGGUCCCAGGAAAGUUAGUUGAUCGGCUGUAGCGUCACGUGGAUCCGAUGUCUUCGGUGAAGAUGACGAAGUGGUACUGCUGCUUAUAUUCAAAAAACUAAAGACAUUAAUUAAUACAAACUAGCAGGAAGUCCAAACAAGAAAAAUUUCCAAUCAAGAAUUAUUAAAUAUUCAAAUAGAAGGGAAUUCCAACUGAUCCCAUCUCGCUAACAGGGAUUAAUUGCACUUACCGAGAAGACAAUCUGACUUCCUACUUAGACGAUGGCUUUGUAUAUAAAGAAUCUAGUCCUCUAUCGGGCCAUUGUUCAUUUCCUCUUGCCAUCUAUUCAGGAUAUAGAAAACCAUAGCUUUUAUAAGAAAUUUUUUCUCAAUGAAUAAUCUUAAUGCUUUGACAUCUUUUGCACUCUUCUUAAAUGUUUUUCUAUCGUUGAAUUCGGCACUCUCUGAAGAUAGCAUAGCACUUGUUUCUUCAAACUGGAAGGAAAGUAUGGAUAAACGAAACACUUGGUGGACUAAGAAGUCAGUUCCUGAAGAAGAACUUCAAUUAGACAUAACUGAUAAGGAAAGUUCUCUGUACAUAACUGUUCUUUCAUCAGUAGGUUGUUACAUUAAUUCUUGCAUACCUUCUUUCCUUCAAUGUUGUCACUCGGCCGAAAUUAAACAAAACUUUCUUCGUUGUAAGCAAUUGCAUCGUAGGUGUAUUAUGAAUUGCUUCAAGGAAUGAGAAGAAAAAUGUUUUCCUUUUUUUCUUUCUUUUUUUCCAUUUAUUU